UGCCAACCCCCUCCCCCUCCUACAUGACAGACUUCCUGCCACAGAGACAUAUGUGACACUCCACCCCCACCACAGAGGUAUAGGUGACACCCGGGCAGCCAGCAGACGUCUGGUGGCCACUGCUGCUUGGGGUUCCACUUCCUGUCACCUCUUGCCUCAUUUUCCCAGAAGUUUUUUUUUUUUUAAUCUGAAAAGCAGUAUGCGUAUGUGGUGGAGAUCAUGUGAGUGAAAAUCCUUCUAAAAGACUAUACAAACACACCUAGGCUGGGGGGGACACAUUGAAGGGCAGGUGAGGCAAGGGGAGGGGAGGGGAGCAGGUGGCAGAGGCCUGAGCAGGGGACAGAAUGGCAGAAUCCCAGCCUCAGUUAUUUUGCCCCCAAGGUGUGUUCCUUUGGGGUUCAGAGGAAGGGAUUUCUGCUAAUGGCUUUGAAUCCCAUGGCAGAUAGGGUGGCUCCCCUGUCCCCACAGCCUGGGGAGAAGAUUGGGGGCCCAGUCAAGGGGGUUCACAAGCUCUGGACUUUCUCCCAGCCCUGCACCCAUCACCCCACAGCCGGCAGUACCCACCCCGGAGGAGGAGGCAGACUCCUAGGCCUCAAUGUCUCACCCCCAACCACAGUGUGACCUCCUUUUUUUCAACCAGAAAGAAGAGGGUCAGUGUUCUUGGCAGAAUUGUUCCUGUCAACCACAGGGAGGCCCCUGCGGUGGCGCUCUGCCCACACUUCCCCAGGAAGUGCCUCCCAGCCUCCUCCUAGCCCUAUGGAUUCUGGGCAGGCAGAGAGGCUUCUGGAGGAGAUGUGAGAGCCUGGGGCUUUGUGGGAUGCAUAGGAGUUCAGUUGUGAUUUAGGGAGGGAAAGGCGGCUUUGGAAGCUGAACAUCCGCUUGUGCAAAAGACUUUGGCUUUUCAGUAAAUGUAAGGCGUGAGUAGUUGCGGGGGGCAGAUCUCUGGGCCAGGUGGAGGUGGGUUGCAGUGGAAUUCCAGUUUGAGUGGCAGCUGAGAAGUUGUGUGGGUGAGAGAGUGGGGAGACUGAGGCACUAGGAAGACUAGGGGUAGGCUCAAGGCCACACGGCGGUCGAACCCAGGCAUCCUGCCUCCCAGUUCCGGGCUCUCUCCAGCUCAGACAUCAUUAGCAAUGUCGCCUGGUACGACCCAGGCUCUGGGUCUCGGCUCUCGGCGACCCUAGCGCAAGAAGGACUACAUUUCCCAGUCUGCCGCGAGGGGCGCGCCUGCGCCCUGCGGCCAGUGAUGGAGCGCUGACUGAGGGCGCGGCGGCGGCGGCGGCGAGGGCUCGGCGGGCCAUUGGCUACCGGCAGCGGCAAAGGCAGCUUGGGGACUAGAAGAGCGAGUGAGACCCGCGGCCCUGGCCGGGGACGACCUGGGCUGCAGCCAUGGAGGACCAGAGGGAGGCUCUGCGGAAGAUCAUCACGACACUGGCUGUGAAAAACGAAGAGAUUCAGAGUUUCAUCUACUCCCUCAAGCAGAUGCUGUUGAACGUGGAGGCGAACUCGGCCAAGGUGCAGGAAGACCUGGAAGCCGAGUUCCAGUCCCUCUUCUCCCUCCUGGAGGAGCUGAAGGAGGGCAUGCUCAUGAAAAUAAAGCAAGACCGUGCCAGCCGCGCCUACGAGCUGCAGAACCAGCUGGCUGCCUGCACGCGAGCUCUGGAGAGCUCUGAGGAGCUUCUGGAGACGGCCAACCAGACACUGCAGGCCACGGACCGCGGGGACUUUCCUCAGGCUGCCAAGCAAAUCAAAGAUGGUGUGACGAUGGCCCCCGCCUUCCGGCUGUCAUUGAAAGCCAAGGUCAGCGACAACAUGAGUCACCUCAUGGUGGACUUUGCACAGGAGCGGAGGAUACUACAGGCACUCACGUUCCUGCCUGUGCCUAGUGCCCCUGUGAUCGACCUGGCCGAGUCCCUGGUGGCCGACAACUGUGUAACCUUGGUGUGGCGCAUGCCGGACGAGGACAACAAGAUUGACCACUAUGUGCUGGAGUAUCGGCGGACCAACUUUGAGGGCCCGCCCCGCCUCAAGGAGGACCAGCCCUGGAUGGUCAUCGAGGGCAUCCAGCAGACAGAAUAUACCCUGACCGGUCUCAAGUUUGACAUGAAAUACAUGAAUUUCCGUGUGAAGGCCUGUAAUAAGGCAGUUUCAGGCGAGUUCUCUGAGCCAGUGACCCUGGAGACACCAGCGUUCAUGUUCCGCCUGGAUGCGUCCACAUCCCACCAGAACCUGCGGGUGGAUGAUCUCUCCGUGGAGUGGGACGCCAUGGGCGGGAAGGUGCAGGAUAUCAAAGCUCGCGAGAAAGAUGGCAAGGGGCGGACGGCGUCUCCCGUCAACUCCCCAGCCAGAGGUACUCCAUCUCCCAAGAGGAUGCCCUCGGGUCGUGGGGGACGGGAUCGCUUCACAGCUGAGUCCUACACAGUGCUGGGGGACACGCUGAUUGAUGGCGGGGAGCAUUACUGGGAGGUGCGCUACGAGCCGGACAGCAAGGCUUUUGGCUUGGGGGUGGCCUACCGCAGCCUGGGCCGCUUCGAGCAGCUGGGCAAGACAGCCGCGUCCUGGUGCGUGUACGUCAACAACUGGCUGCAGGUCAGCUUCACUGCCAAGCACGCCAACAAGGCCAAGGUGCUGGACACCCCCGUGCCCGACUGCCUGGGCGUGCACUGCGACUUCCACCAAGGUGACCCCGGGCCCCCGCUGACCUCUCCGGCCACCCCUGUCCGCCGUCUCUCUGCCCAAACCCCUCUUACCGGUCCCCCUGUUCCUCUUGCCCUCCACCCCAGGCCUCCUGUCCUUCUACAACGCCCGCACCAAACAGCUGCUGCACACCUUCAAGGCCAAGUUCACACAGCCACUGCUGCCGGCUUUCACGGUGUGGUGUGGCAGCUUCCACGUGACGGCAGGCCUACAGGUCCCCAGCUCUGUGCGCUGCCUGCAGAAGCGGGGCAGUGCUACCAGCAGCUCCAACACCAGCCUCACCUAGGCCUCGGGACGGCCCCUCAGCCGGGCUGAUUUCGGGGCGGGGGGGGCGCCUCCAGGCCUCGGCUGUUUCAGCUGGGCACCCUCCUCUCACUUGCUGCUUGGAGCCUUAACCCCUGAUGGGGUCACCAGUGGGGAGCGGGCACGGGGGCGGGCCCUCCUCCCCACCUCACCUCCUAAUAAAGGUCAAACACUGGCCGGGCG